AUGCUCGUUUCAACACCAUCUGUUAAUUCCCAUCAAUUAACUAAUAAUAUAAUAUCAUCCAAUACUUUACAUUCUUCACUUCCAUCAUCAUAUUCAACAUCAUCAUUAACACCAUCAAAUCCAUGUACAUGGUCAAUAAAACAAGUUGAAGAAUGGCUUAUAGAGCAUGAUCUAAAUGAUUGUAUUGAUUUAAUUUGUUAUCAACAUCGUAUGAAUGGACAACGUUUAAUGAAUUUAAACGAAGAUGAUGUUUUACAAUUAAAAGGUACAAAGAAAAAUAAUGAAUUAUGGUUACAAAUUAAAAAAUUACAACAAUUUUAUUCAAGUAAUUAUCAUUUAUGGACACAAAGACAGUUAAUACAACAACAACAACAACAACAACAAGCACAAUCUCAACCAAUGACAACAUCACCAUAUUUGGCUUCAUCUUCAUUACAAACAUCCAUACCAUUACGUUCUAUUCAACCAUUAACACAAAUUCGACCAACAUCAUCAUCUUUACCAUUUUCAUCACCAUCAAUUCCAUCAACACAAUCACAAACAUCAUUAACAUCAUCAUCAUCAUCAUCAUCAUCAUCAUCAUCGUCAUCAUCAUCAUCAUUACAUGCAACAAUACAAAUCAAUCAAAAUCAACAACAAGAAGAACAACAAAAUCCUUCUGUCUCAUCAUCAACAAAUCAAGCUCAAACAGCAAUACCACCAACGAUAAUUCUUGAACGUUCACCUUCAACUGUAACACGUACAACAAAUCAUCAACAAUAUCAACGAAGGUCUUCGCGUAGUUUAUCAACAUCUAAUACAUCUAUUAAUCUUCUUCCAUCAGCAACAACAACACAACGUACAACGAAUACAUUAUUAAAUCUACAUCAUACACCAUUUGAUCAAAUUGAAGAUCAACCAAUAACUAGUUGUUGUUUUGCUGGUUCAAUACGUUCUGAUACAAAAAAGACUUUAUCAGCAUUUCUUCUUGCCUUUUGUACUUUAUAUUUUUGUUCAUUUAUGAUAACUAUUGUUGAUGAACGUUUACCAGAUCCAAGAAAUUUUCCACCAUUACCAGAUCUUGUACUUGAUAAUGUUAAACAAAUACCAUGGGCAUUUUCUGUUACAGAAAAAAUCAUUGUCAUUGAAAUGGCUACACUUAUAUCAAUUAUUAUUCUUCAUCGACACAAAUUGAUAAUACUUCGUCGUUUAUUUGCAAUAGCAGCAGCACUUUAUUUUCUUCGAAGUCUUACACUGGUUUUUACAUCAUUACCGGUUGCUACAGAAAUAACUGAUUGUCGACCUGAGAGAUUCAGUAGUUUUGGUGCUCGUUUAAAAAAAGCCAAUUUAAUUUUUCUUGGUCAGGGAAUGUCUUCAUUUGGUGUUAAAACAUGUGGUGAUUAUUUAUACAGUGGUCAUACAUGUACACUUAUACUUGCUACACAUUUUAUUAACGAAUAUUCGCCACGUUCAUAUCAUCUACUUCAUUUCCUCAGUUGGAUUAUGGCACUAACUGGCAUGUUUUUUAUUUUGGCUGGUCACCAACAUUACUCAAUUGAUAUUCUUGUUGCAUGGGUGCUUAGUUCUCGUUUAUUUAUUUAUUAUCAUACUCUUGCUAACAACCGAACAUAUUUCCAACGAGAUAAAAAUCGAAUGAGAAUAUGGUUUCCAUUUUUUUCUUAUUUUGAAGAAAAUGUUAAACAAGCACUACCAAAUGAAUAUUGUCUACCAGAUUUUAUUAAUGAAUCACGUACGACGCUCAAAAGUUGGUUUGAUAAAGUUCGAUAUCCGACAGAUUGA